AUACAUAAUCAUAAAAUUUUGAUCUAUAAAAACAGUUUAUACAAUAAUUUUAUUAUAUAUAAUCAUAAAAUUUUGAUCCAUAAAAAAUAAAAAUACAUUUGUGUGAUUUUACAGGUCGUAUUCUAAAUAAAUGGAUGAUAUAAUUAAGGGUUUACAUGAUAAAAUAAAACUACUCAAUAUAAACUAUAAAAUUAUUGUGUUUAUAAAUGUCAUAUUAAAAAAAAAUUAAACGGGUAAAUUUUAAAAUAUAUAUUAUCACUUAUACAAAUAAAUAUUCAUUUAUCAAAAAACUAACACCUGCGCGGGUACGCGGGUCAAGCUCUAGUUAACUUAUUACUUGCUUUGACAAUGCUGAAUACUUAAUAAGGGUACCCGAUUAAAUAGCGAGUCUAAGGUGAAUAACGAAUAAUGAUAUCCAACCCGAGUACCAUUAUAAAUAAACCACAUGUGCUUAGUAAAUACAUUUAUGAAACCUCUAUUUCUUAACAAAUUUAGUUGUUUAUUGUGUUUGGAUUUUCUUUAUAUUAACCAAAAUUUGUAAUUUUGUUAAAUAAUUCAACAUAAAUGUGGCUGUAGUUUAGUGGUGAGAAUUCCACGUUGUGGCCGUGGAGACCUGGGCUCGAAUCCCAGCAGCCACACAUUAUUUUUGUUCUCAUUUAUUUUUUUAAAUAACGUUAUAACCAAGUUCAACUAAUUAAUAGGACAUAGUCUUUGCUUCCGAUCUGUUCCGUUAACACUGUGAGGGAAGAAGAAUCGAGGAUAAAUUCUCUGCCUCUAGGCUUUCGAAGAUGUUUGACGAUCAGAACCUCGGAUUCUUUGCCAGUUUUCUCGGCAUUUUCAUCUUCAUUUUGGUCAUUGCUUACCAUUUCGUGGUGGCCGACACAAAAUUUGAAGGGAAAUUGCACCCAGUAACCACAAAGAAAAACAAAAUUCACUAACUAACUAAAAACACCCCCUCUCUCCUACUUUCUCUUCCUAUCUCUCUCUACUCUCUCUCUAAGAAUCUAAUUUCCCUUCUUUUUUUUUUGGCUAUUUAGCAAAUAAGCCCAAAUUUGAAUGAAGUUUUUGUAUUUUGGUUUCUUACUACAAAAUAAUUAUUUAUUUGUCGGAAUCAAACAUGUCUUUAGCAUUCCAUAUAGUCGACAUGUUUCGCCAGUAAUGUAUCUUUCACAAUGUAUUUUUUUAUUAUGAACAAUAGAUAAAGACUUUUCAUCAUUCAAAUUUUUAUCAUGCAAGUUACUUGUUUUAGCUA